AUGGUUGACUCACAACCAAACACAAAAUCUGUGAUCUUCCCAUCUUCAAAUGCGUCUCAAGAAGCAUCAGUGAAAUUACACUGUGCAAGGGGAUCAAUUCCAUCACACAACUUGAAAUCAACAAUCGUUGCCUGCUCUGGAACUCCCUUUGUAUUCUUGUAUGGUGGAUUUGAUGAAAAUGAUGCAUUGGACAGCAACGUCUAUUUAUUGAACACAGAUACUAUGGAGUGGGAAUGUGAUAACAAAAUGGACGGAUUGUACAGAGAAGGUCAUCUGGCAGUCUACCUCAACGACGGCAACAUUUUGGUCUAUGGCGGGUUACCUUUCGACGAUGAAACUUCACUCCCCAGUGCUCACAGUGAAGCAUCUGCAAGUAGAGACAUGCGCAAGGAUCACUUGAUGAUGAUUUACAACAUUUUCGACAAAAAAUGGAUCGGCCCACCCGACUUCGCAUUGACCAAUGCCCCCAGUUCGCGAUCAAGGCAUGCCUGUUGUUUGACUCCGGAUGGUACGAAACUUUUCAUCAGUGGCGGGUUGGUGAAGUCAACCGUAUUGAGCGACUUGUAUUGUUAUGACUUGACGUCUGGAACUUGGACAGGUCCUUUUGAGUUUGAACCGAGAUUUGAUCACACGAUAAUCUACCAUAACGACCGUAUAUAUUGUUUUGGUGGCUUGAACGGCGACAUGAAUCAUGUGAAGACGGUGACUUUUUACUCUUUUAAAACAAAAGCCAAGUGUGAAGCUUCAAUUUCGAGCUUGGCAACCACCAGCUUUUCAUCAUUGAGCUAUGACUUGUUCAUAUUGGAAAAUAAGAGAAAUCCUGGGGUCAGUUUGUUUGUAAACCUUCCAACUUGGAACGUAGAAGGUGGAGUCAAUGUUGCCAGCUUGGAUUUAAAAGACUUUGAGGCCCAGGUCUUGUUUGAGCAGUUGGACUUUCUGAAAUUUGUUGGGGAAAAUGAGCGCGAUGCUAAAUUCCUAUGGUCUUGUGCGUUUAUCAAUCAUAAUGGAUCUCUAUUCUUGUUGGGGAAUAAGAGGAAGCAGUGUCUGCACUUGUUUGGAGGCAAUUUGGCACCCACUGGUUUGGAAAAUGAAGCUGAAACAACGCAUGGGAACGAAUGGAUUGAUGAGGAGCAAGAUUCAGUUUUGCAAAGUGUUAAAUUAAACCACGUAUUGGAAGUUGAGUUGGCACUGUUUGGAGUCUCGAACCAAUCAAGAUAUACUGUCUCGUCAGAUUUUGAAAAACUAUUUGAGUCACACUUGUUUGCUGAUUUUGAAAUCACCUCGUUGGUUGAUGAGGACGACAAGCGCAAUUUUGAGAACCAGAUUGCUUACAAUACAAAGUCCAUGCCAGUGCAUAAAGCUAUUUUGAGUGCCAGAUGGCCACACUUUUAUCGCAUGAUUUCAUCGGGAAUGAAUGAAACUCUUGAAAACAGGGUGUUUAUCCCCGAGCCGUUUUGCAGAGUGAAUGCAAUGGUUUACUAUUUGUACGUUGGCAAAAUCAAACAUGAUGAACAUUUGGCCAUAUAUGACUAUUCGGCCUUGGUGGUGUUGGCCAACAUGUACGAAUUAUCCGAUUUCAAGAGUUUGGUUUUGCUGAAGUUAGUCUCCUUGUUUGAACAGUUUAGAGUUUGGUUCGAGGAUAAAGAAGAUUCUAUUUCAGAUUUGCUACGGAUAUGGAAAGAUCUCUCCAUCUCAAAUGAGCGACUCUUGUUGUCUAAAAUCAUUGUGUUUGUAAAGGAGAAGUGGGGUGUCAUUACCAGAUCCAAAUCGUUUAUGCUACUCAGUAAGGACGAUAUUGUUAAAUUAUGUCAAGAUUCCACCGAUGAAACCACUACUCAAGAGAAUAAUACACAAGCGGGGAAAAGUCCCAGUCGCCUUUCUUUGCACUCGACUGAGACAAUCUCUCCAGGUACACCGGGAAGGAGAACAAACUCUCCGUUUGUGCUUGAUUCACCUGCUGCACAACAUAACAUCCAGUAUACUGGCUCCAUAUUCUAG